CUUCUUUUUUUCUUGCGGAACCCUCUCGUCUGUUCUCUCAGGGGAUCUGCAGCCAUUCCUCCUCAGUUAUCUUGUUUUCUCACUGCACCUUAGCAGUCCGAACAAAGCUGGAUUUUUAAGGUCAACUUGCAUCAGUAGACAUGGACAUACGUUUCCCUUACUCCCCAGCAGAGGUUGCCAAGGUGCGAUGCGUUCAGUUCGGCAUCCUCAGCCCUGAUGAAAUUCGACAAAUGUCAGUGGCACAGAUCGAGCACGGGGAGACUAUGGAGAGGGGCAAGCCGAAGCCGGGUGGGCUUAGCGACCCGCGGCUGGGGACCAUUGACCGGAAGAUGAAAUGCGAAACUUGCAUGGCUAACAUGGCUGAGUGCUCCGGCCACUUUGGUCACCUUGAGCUCGCCAAGCCAAUGUACCAUAUCGGCUUUAUGAAGACUGUGCUUGCUAUUAUGAGAUGUGUUUGCUUCAAUUGCUCCAAGAUCCUUGCUGAUGAGGAAGAUACACGAUUUAAACAAGCUUUAAAAAUCAGAAAUCCAAAGAACAGGCUAAAAAGAAUUUAUGAUGCCUGUAAAAGCAAGAAGAAAUGUGCAGGCGGUGAUGAUAUUGAUCUUCAAGGCCAACAAGAUUCUGAAGAACCUAUUAAGAAGAGCCGAGGUGGAUGUGGUGCUCAGCAGCCUAACAUUACUGUUGAUGGCAUGAAAAUGGUUGCUGAAUAUAAAGCUCCAAAGAAGAAAUCAGAGGACCAAGAGCAGCUUCCUGAGCCUGUUGAAAGAAAACAAAUUCUUUCUGCGGAGAGGGUGCUCAGUGUUCUGAAGAGGAUAAGUGAUGAGGAUUGUCAAUUGCUUGGUUUGAAUCCAAAGUAUGCUCGACCUGAUUGGAUGAUAUUACAAGUCCUACCAAUUCCUCCUCCUCCCGUGAGGCCAUCUGUGAUGAUGGACACCUCUUCCAGAAGUGAGGAUGAUUUGACUCAUCAACUUGCAAUGAUAAUUAGACAUAAUGAAAACUUAAGGCGGCAAGAAAGGAAUGGAGCUCCUGCUCAUAUAAUAACAGAAUUUGCUCAGUUACUGCAAUUUCAUAUUGCAACGUACUUCGAUAAUGAACUUCCUGGUCAGCCAAGGGCUACCCAGCGAUCUGGGCGGCCUAUUAAAUCAAUUUGUAGCAGGCUGAAGGCAAAAGAGGGUAGGAUCAGAGGUAAUUUGAUGGGAAAGCGAGUUGAUUUUUCAGCUCGGACGGUCAUAACUCCAGAUCCAACAAUUAACAUUGAUGAGUUGGGAGUACCAUGGAGCAUAGCUUUGAAUUUAACUUACCCAGAAACUGUGACUCCAUAUAACAUUGAGAGGCUCAAGGAAUUGGUGGAGUAUGGACCUCAUCCUCCUCCUGGGAAGACAGGUGCGAAGUACAUAAUUAGGGAAGAUGGACAGAGACUUGACCUUCGAUAUUUGAAAAAAAGUAGUGACCACCACCUUGAGCUUGGAUACAAGGUGGAACGGCAUUUGCAAGAUGGGGAUUUUGUGCUUUUUAAUCGUCAGCCUAGUCUUCACAAAAUGUCAAUCAUGGGUCACCGUAUAAAAAUCAUGCCUUACUCAACUUUUCGCCUAAAUUUAUCUGUGACCUCUCCAUACAAUGCUGAUUUUGACGGAGAUGAGAUGAACAUGCAUGUUCCCCAGUCAUUUGAAACUAGAGCAGAGGUCUUGGAACUUAUGAUGGUACCAAAAUGCAUUGUUUCUCCUCAAUCAAAUCGGCCUGUUAUGGGUAUUGUUCAGGAUACACUAUUAGGAUGUCGGAAGAUCACCAAAAGAGACACAUUCAUAGAAAAGGAUGUGUUCAUGAAUAUUUUGAUGUGGUGGGAGGACUUCGAUGGGAAAAUUCCUGCUCCAGCUAUUUUGAAACCUAGGCCUCUUUGGACGGGAAAACAAGUAUUUAAUCUGAUCAUACCAAAGCAGAUUAACUUGAUAAGGUUUUCAGCAUGGCAUGCUGAGUCAGAAACAGGAUUUAUCACUCCAGGAGAUACGCAAGUUCGCAUUGAAAGAGGAGAGCUUCUGUCUGGAACUCUCUGCAAAAAGACCAUGGGGACAUCUACUGGUAGUCUGAUUCAUGUUAUCUGGGAGGAGGUUGGCCCGGAUGCAGCCCGAAAGUUUUUGGGACACACUCAGUGGCUCGUUAAUUAUUGGCUUUUACAGAAUGGAUUUAGCAUUGGAAUUGGAGAUACAAUUGCUGAUGUUGCAACAAUGGAGAAAAUUAAUGAAACAAUUUCAAAAGCCAAAAAUGAUGUCAAAGAGCUUAUCAAGCAGGCCCAGGAGAAACAAUUGGAACCUGAGCCAGGACGAACCAUGAUGGAGUCUUUUGAGAAUAGAGUGAAUCAAGUGUUGAACAAGGCUCGAGAUGAUGCUGGAAGCAGUGCUCAAAAAAGUCUUUCAGAGAGUAAUAAUCUGAAGGCGAUGGUUACCGCAGGAUCAAAGGGUAGUUUCAUUAAUAUUUCACAGAUGACUGCCUGCGUGGGGCAGCAGAAUGUGGAGGGAAAACGUAUUCCAUAUGGAUUCCUCGGUCGAACAUUACCUCACUUCACCAAAGAUGAUUAUGGUCCUGAAAGUCGUGGUUUUGUGGAGAACUCGUACCUCCGUGGUUUAACCCCACAGGAGUUCUUUUUUCAUGCUAUGGGUGGUAGGGAAGGUCUAAUUGACACAGCAGUGAAGACUUCUGAGACUGGUUAUAUUCAACGUCGUCUUGUGAAGGCUAUGGAGGAUAUAAUGGUCAAAUAUGAUGGCACUGUUAGAAAUUCAUUGGGUGAUGUUAUCCAGUUCCUUUACGGAGAAGAUGGCAUGGAUGCUGUUUGGAUUGAAUCACAAAAGUUGGAUUCCGUGAAGAUGAAAAAAGUUGAGUUUGACAAAGUCUAUAGGUAUGAGAUUGAUGAUAACAACUGGAACCCUAGUUAUAUGUUGCCUGAACAUGUUGAGGAUCUGAAAACCAUUCGGGAGUUCAAAAAUGUUUUUGAUGCUGAGGUCCAAAAACUAGUGGUAGAUCGGUAUCAGCUGGGCACGGAGAUUACUACCGGUGGAGAUAACUCAUGGCCAAUGCCAGUGAAUUUAAAAAGGCUCAUUUGGAAUGCACAAAAGACAUUUAAAGUUGAUCUGCGAAGGCCAUCUGACAUGCAUCCGAUGGAGAUUGUGGAGGCUGUUGAUAAGCUGCAAGAAAGGCUUAAAGUUGUGCCUGGUGAUGAUUUUCUGAGCAUGGAGGCACAGAAAAAUGCCACUUUAUUAUUCAAUAUCUUGCUACGGAGCACCUUUGCAAGCAAACGGGUAUUGAAAGAGUACAGGCUUACACGUGAAGCUUUUGAAUGGGUCAUUGGUGAAAUAGAAUCACGUUUUCUUCAGUCUCUGGUUGCCCCUGGUGAAAUGAUCGGGUGUGUGGCUGCUCAAUCAAUUGGAGAACCAGCUACCCAGAUGACGUUGAAUACUUUCCACUAUGCUGGUGUUAGUGCCAAGAAUGUUACUCUGGGUGUGCCCAGGUUGAGAGAGAUCAUAAAUGUUGCUAAGAAAAUCAAGACUCCAUCACUUUCCGUCUAUUUGAAACCUGAGGUAAACAAGAAAAAGGAAUUAGCAAAGAAUGUACAGUGCGCCUUGGAGUAUACUACUUUACGUAGUGUGACACAUGCAACAGAAGUGUGGUAUGAUCCUGAUCCUACGAGCACAAUCAUUGAAGAGGAUUUUGAAUUUGUGAAGUCAUAUUAUGAAAUGCCUGAUGAAGAGGUUGUGCCUGAGAAGAUUUCUCCUUGGUUGCUUCGUAUUGAACUUAACCGAGAGAUGAUGGUUGACAAGAAGUUGAGCAUGGCAGCCAUCGCAGAGAAGAUCAACCGUGAAUUUGAUGAUGAUUUAACAUGUAUUUUCAAUGAUGAUAAUGCUGUGAAACUUAUUCUUCGGAUACGUAUCAUGAAUGAUGAGGCUCCAAAAGGAGAAUUGCAAGAUGAUACUGCUGAGGAUGAUGUCUUUCUUAAGAAGAUUGAGAGCAAUAUGUUGACUGAGAUGGCUCUUCGAGGAAUUCCUGACAUUAACAAAGUUUUUAUUAAGUCUGGAAAGAUAAACAAGUUUGAUGAGGAUGAAGGUUUCAAACCUGACGUGGAGUGGAUGCUCGACACAGAAGGUGUUAAUCUGUUGGCUGUCAUGUGUCAUGAAAAUGUUGAUGCAUCUAGGACAACAAGUAAUCAUUUGAUUGAAGUUAUUGAAGUUCUGGGGAUAGAGGCCGUCCGUCGUGCUCUUCUGGAUGAGCUGCGUGUGGUCAUAUCCUUUGAUGGAUCAUAUGUUAACUAUCGGCAUUUGGCUAUCCUUUGUGACACGAUGACUUAUCGGGGCCACUUGAUGGCUAUUACUCGGCACGGUAUAAAUCGUAAUGAUACAGGACCAAUGAUGAGGUGCUCUUUUGAGGAAACUGUAGAUAUUCUCCUUGAUGCUGCUGUCUUUGCUGAAGCUGACCAUCUAAGAGGUGUCACUGAGAACAUAAUGCUUGGCCAGCUUGCACCAAUUGGCACUGGAGGUUGUGCACUAUAUUUAAAUGAUAAAAUGCUUCAACAAGCCAUUGAACUUCAGCUUCCCAGUUACAUGGAGGGCUUGGAAUUUGGAAUGACCCCCGCUCGUUCGCCGAUCUCCGGGACCCCUUAUCAUGAAGGAAUGAUGUCACCAAGUUAUUUGCUCAGUCCAAAUAUACGCUCAUCGCCUAUCACUGAUGCUCAAUUUUCUCCUUACGUUGGUGGAAUGGCCUUUUCUCCUAGUUCUACGCCAGGCUAUAGUCCAUCCUCUCCUGUCUACAGUCCAUCAUCACCUGGAUAUAGCCCAACUUCUCCUGGCUAUAGUCCUACUUCUCCUGGUUAUAGUCCAACCUCACCUGGUUAUAGUCCCACUUCUCCAACAUACAGCCCUAGUUCUCCAGGGUAUAGUCCUACUAGUCCUUCUUAUUCUCCUACCAGUCCAUCCUACUCUCCUACUUCACCAAGUUAUAGCCCCACAUCGCCGAGCUAUAGUCCGACAUCACCCACUUACAGCCCGACUUCUCCGACUUACAGUCCCACUUCUCCCAGUUACAGUCCCACCUCACCUAGCUACAGCCCCACAUCUCCUGCUUACAGCCCAACCUCACCAGUCUAUAGCCCAACUUCUCCCGCUUACAGCCCAACAUCGCCAUCUUAUAGUCCAACUUCACCUUCUUACAGUCCAACAUCACCCUCCUAUAGUCCAACUUCUCCCUCAUACAGCCCAACCUCACCUGCUUACAGCCCAACCUCUCCUGGUUACAGCCCAACUUCUCCUAGUUAUAGCCCCACAUCCCCCAGUUAUAGUCCUACCUCUCCAAGUUAUAAUCCUUCAGCGAAAUAUAGUCCUUCUCUUGCAUAUUCUCCAACAUCUCCGAGAUUAUCUCCUUCCAGCCCAUACAGCCAUUCAUCUCCAAAAUACAGCCCAACUUCACCAUCAUAUUCUCCAACAUCUCCUACAUAUACACCCCCAAGUCCUACAUAUAGUCCUACCAGCCCAUAUAAUUCUAGCAUGAGUCCGGACUACAGUCCAAGUUCCCCACAAUUCAGUCCAAGUGCUGGCUAUUCACCUACUGCACCAGGCUAUUCCCCCUCAUCAACAAGCCAAUAUACCCCACAGACGAGCAACAAAGAUGAGGGCAGCACUCGUUGAAAUCUCUCAGUAUAUCCAUUUCUCGAAUGUUUGAAGAACAAACGAGAAAUAAACCUUUUCUGAUAUAGCCGUUUGCAACCUUGUAAGAAAUGAAUCAGUUUUAUGUUGUAAACUUUUAUUGAUUUUCUGGUUUGCAUUUGUACCAAGUCU